AUGAAAUUUUACAUCAUAUUUACAAUUCUGUAUUGUAUUAAUGCUAAAAUAAAUUAUCCAACAGCUUGUGAUUGCAAUGAACAUGAUAAUUAAGAAUCAUGUGAGGCACAUAAAUGUUUUUGGAAUUAAAAUGAGUGUAGAAUAUCUGAAUGCAAUGAGAGAACUUUAGAAAAUUGUAUAAAGGCUUCAUAAUUUUUAAGCUCAAAUCCAAAAUAUUGUUAUAUUAAGAAUGAUAAUUGUGUUGAAUUGAAUAGUUGUGAAUAAUUGUAAAUAGUAGAGAAUCCUAAAAUUGCAAGAGAAAAAUGUUAAUUAUUUUAGUGUGCUUAUGAUUUAGUUAGUGGUUAUUGUUUUAAAGCAGAAAAAUGUGAUUAAAUAUAUGAUAAAGAGACUUGCAAUAGUUAUCUUAUAGCAUAGAGUCAUCCUCUUUCUUUAGAAUCAUUUUGUUAUUGGGAUGGAACAUGUAAAGAAAGAAAAAAUUGGAUAUAAAAUUGCGAAUUAAUAGAUGAAUAAGAUGUCUGUGAAUAAGCUGGAUGCAGAUAUAAUAAUAAAGUUUGUUAAGAAAUAGAAUGUGAAAAUCUUAGCAAUAAAGAAUGUAAUGGAGAAUAUGUGAAUAAUUUAGGAAAUACAUUUUUAUGUUAAUUAAUUGAUUAAAAAUGUUAAAAAGUAGAAAUAUCAAAUCUCAAUAAAAUAAUAUGUAAUAAAUUAAUUGGACAUACAUUUGGCAAUAAUAAAUGUAGAAAAUGUAUAUCAUAUGCAUAACAUUCUAAAUAAUGA